AUGACUACGCCAGUCGCGUCCACCUCAGAACCAGUUCAAAUACCAGCUCUUGAAGCCCCCCAUGCUACAGGUGGGAAGCAACAAAAGGAAAAGAAAGUUAAACAAGCAGCGGGAUCAGCUUAUCCAUUGGAGCUGCAACCCCCACCAGAAUUCUUCGAUCAUCGUAUCAAGAUUUUUGAGAAGCUCAAAGCAGAAUAUGAUGACUUUGUAAAAGCUCAACCGAGACAGGAAAUCGUCAUCACGCUUCCAGAUGGCUCUGAGCGAAAAGGUACGAGCUGGGAAACUAGCCCGAUGGAUGUUGCAAAGGAAGUUUCGAAGAGCUUGUCAGAGCGCAUUGUGAUCGCAAAAGUCGAUGGCAACCUCUGGGACCUGGAGCGGCCCUUGGAGGCUGCUUGCAAACUUGAACUCUUGGACUUUGAACACCCAGAAGGCAAGCGAGUAUUCUGGCAUUCAUCUGCACACGUUCUUGGUGAGGCUGCCGAGCGGCACUAUGGUUGCCAUCUAUGCAUCGGUCCCCCUGUUGAAGAGGGUUUCUUCUACGAGAUGGCUUUGGAGGACAGAGCAGUCAGCAUGACGGACUACCCCGCAUUAGAAAAGCUGUCGGAAAGCGCGGUCAAGGAAAAGCAAAAGUUCGAACGUCUUGUUGUCCCCAAAGAAACAUUGCUGGAAAUGUUUGGCUACAAUAAAUACAAGAAACAUAUCAUCGAGUCCAAGAUUCCUGACGGAACGUCCACUACAGUGUAUCGAUGUGGUCCGAUGGUUGAUCUUUGUGUUGGGCCCCACAUUCCCCAUACCGGCAAGAUUAAAGCAUUCAUGGUCACAAAGAACUCAGCUUCUUAUUUCCUUGGUGAUCCUAAUAAUGAUUCUCUUCAAAGGAUUUAUGGAAUCUCGUUCCCUGAUAAGAAACAGUUGACGGAGUACAAGGCGUUUCUGGCCGAAGCUGCCAGGCGUGAUCAUCGAAAGAUCGCGAAGGAGCAAGAGCUAUUCUUCUUCAAUGAUCUCAGUCCAGGUAGUUGUUUCUUCCUGCCGCACGGCACGCGUAUUUACAAUACACUCUUGGAGAUGUUAAGAUCUGAGUAUUACAAACGGGGCUAUCAAGAAGUGAUAUCUCCAAAUAUGUACAACAGCAAGCUGUGGGAGACAUCGGGUCACUCGCAGAACUAUCAGGAUGGCAUGUUCACCCUUGAUGUAGAGAAAGAGAAAUGGGCGUUGAAACCCAUGAACUGUCCCGGCCACUGCCUCAUAUUUGACUCCAGGGAUCGCAGCUACAAAGAACUCCCAAUUCGCAUGGCAGAAUUCGGAAUCAUUCAUCGGAACGAGGCAUCAGGAGCCUUGACAGGUCUGACUCGAGUUCGGCGCUUUGUGCAGGAUGAUACCCAUGUGUUCUGCAUGCCUUCCCAGAUUGAAGAGGAAAUUAGUGCCUUGUUUGAUUUUAUGCAGCAUGUGUACGGUCUCUUUGGCUUCGAUUUCCAACUGGAGCUCUCCACGCGUCCUGACAACUAUCUCGGCGCGCUUGAGACUUGGAAUGUUGCGGAGGAGCAACUUAAGGUAGCCCUUGAUAAGCAAUAUCCUGGAAAGUGGGAGAUCAAUCCCGGUGACGGGGCAUUCUAUGGCCCGAAAAUUGAUAUUACCAUUCGUGAUGCUCUACGACGCUCAUUCCAGUGUGCAACGAUCCAGCUCGAUUUCCAGCUUCCAGAACGGUUCAACUUGAAAUAUCGUUCGGCUGAAGACGCUACGUCGAGCGAUAGAGCUCUAUCAAGGCCCGUGAUCAUUCAUCGUGCGAUUCUGGGAAGUCUGGAACGUUUCAUCGCAAUUAUCACUGAACAUUUUGCCGGGAAAUGGCCCUUCUGGCUAUCCCCCCGCCAAGUCCUUGUUGUUCCGGUCGCAGCUCCCUACAGAGCAUACGCGCAAGAAGUCACGGACUACCUUUCUUCUUUGGGAAUUUACGUUGACGUUGACAAUGGUGAAAAUACCCUCCCCAAGAAGGUCCGUAACGGAGAAAUCGCUCAAUACAAUUUCAUUCUCGUUGUUGGUCAAGAGGAACUGGACGGAAGAUCCGUGAACGUUAGGAACAGAGAUGACGUCGGAACCAAGGCCAAGACGGAUAUGAUACCAUUGGAAGAGAUUGGGAAGAAAUUAGCUGCUCUCAAAGCGUCAAAGAGUUUGACAAAUAAACUUGUAUGA